AUGAAGCAAAGGUUCUCUUCCCUCGAUGUUAAGGUCGUUGCUCAUGAACUUAGCCAGAGCUUGACCUCACUUCGAGUCGCCAAUAUUUACGAUCUGUCGACGAGGAUAUUUCUUUUCAAAUUCGCGAAACCAGGGACAAAAAAGCAGCUGCUCAUAGACAUCGGGUUUCGUUGCCACACGACGGAAUUCGUUCGCACGACAGCAGGAACACCAUCUGCGUUUGUUUGUCGACUGCGCAAGGCCCUCAAAACACGACGCCUUACUUCGGUUUCCCAAAUAGGAACUGACCGCAUCCUUGAAUUUCAGUUCAGUGAUGGGCAAUACAGGCUUUUCCUCGAGUUUUUUGCGAGCGGAAACGCAAUUCUCACCGACGUUGACCUUAGAAUAUUGGCACUGUAUAGAAAUGUGUCUGAAGGCGAAGGUCAGGAGUCUCAGAAGGUCGGACUGCUAUAUUCCCUCAAGAGUAGACAAAAUUUCUUCGGAAUACCAGAUCUUUCGCAAGACAGAGUCCGUACUGCACUAGCAGCGGCCAUCGAAAAGGUAUCAACUACAAAAGCUGCCAGUUCAAAUCGGACCCCGAAACAAGGAGACACACUCCGAAAAUGCUUAGCUGUGUCGAUUACAGAAUUGCCUCCGAUCUUACUUGAUCACACACUACAGUCAAACCACUUUGACAGUUCCCUCGAACUGAAGGCAAUCUUGAACGAUGCUAGUCUUCUUAGCAGUCUGACCGAGAAUCUGCGCGAAGCAAGAGAGUUUCUUGAUUCCAUUACAUCACAUUCACGCUGUACCGGCUUCAUAUUCGCGAAGAAGCCGGUGCAGGAUCAGAGCCUGCAGGAACAGGACGGAGGCAGCAAGGCGAAACUACGCUUGCUUUACGACGAUUUUCAUCCAUUCGUACCGACAAAAUUCGAAAAGAACGAUGACAUCGAGAUUCUCCGGUUUGAGGGAUACAACCGCACAGUCGAUGAAUUUUUCUCGUCCCUGGAAGGCCAAAGACUAGAAAGUCGCCUGAUGGAAAGAGAAGCAGCUGCUCAAAGAAAGAUCGAUGCGGCGAGGCAAGACCAAGAAAAUAGAAUCAGGGGACUGCAAACUGCACAACUUGAUAAUUUUCGAAAAGCAGCUGCGAUCGAGGCGAACAUUGAGCGAGUCCAGGAGGCCAUGGAUUCCAUCAAUGGUCUCUUAAAUCAAGGAAUGGACUGGGUGGACAUCGGAAAGCUUGUUGCACGAGAGCAAAAGAAAAACAAUCCUGUCGCGACUUUGAUAUGCCUGCCCUUGAACCUCGUUGAUAAUGUCAUUUCUGUCCGCCUAAGUGAAGAGGAUGAUGUUGCAAGCGAGGAUGAAGAACCUUACGAAACAGACGACAGUGAUGUCAGAUUUGAGGACGAUCUGGACACGACUGAAAGUGGACUGAAGAACUCGGAUAAAACGAUUGUUGUUGAGUUGACCCUGAAUCUUAGUCCUUGGAGCAAUGCACGAGGAUACUACGACCAACGAAAAAACGCUGUCGUAAAAGAAGAGAAGACUCAACUUCAGGCGGACAAAGCUAUCAAGAGCACCGAGCAUAAGGUCAAACAAGACUUGAAGAAAGUUUUGAAGCAAGAGAAGGCGCUACUGCAGCCUAUCCGAAAUCCCAUGUGGUUCGAGAAGUUCUAUUGGUUCAUCUCUUCUGACGGCUACCUUGUUCUUGGUGCCAAGGACAAAUCACAGGCAGAAUUGUUAUAUCGACAACAUUUGCGUAGCGGCGAUGCCUUCUGCCAUGCCGACGCGAGCAACGCUGCGAUUGUUGUCGUAAAAAAUAAUUCGAAAACGGCAGAUGUACCAAUUGCACCCGCUACCCUUGCUCAGGCUGGACAGCUGAGUAUCUGCUCGUCCGAAGCAUGGGAUUCCAAAGCGGGCAUCGGCGCUUGGUGGGUUAAUUCAAAUCAAGUAUCGAAGUCAACUUCUACAGGGGACAUACUACAACCAGGCAACUUCAAUAUCAGUGGAGAGAAAAACUUUUUGCCGCCGGGACAACUCGUGCUCGGUCUCAGUGUCCUAUUUAAAAUCAGCGAAGAGAGCAAAAUUCAUCACAACAAGCAUCGCAUCCCAGACGAGCCCGCCGUCAGCGAUGCCCCUAGAAAAGAAACUUACCCAAACUCCGAACAAGAGGCAACUACCAAUGAUAUUCAACCAGCCGCUUCUACUGCGAAUGGUAGUAACGAGUCUGAUAAAGAAGAUGAAGUCGAUCAUGAAGAUGAUGAAGAGCAGUCCACGAGGUCCAAUCCUUUGCGGGCGGGAGAUAUUCAGCUGGAUUCGCCUGACCUUGAUACGCAUGACGGAGAUGGCUAUCAACCAGCAUCCAAUCCGGCUGCUUUGGAUGCUCAUGAGGAGAGCGACGCAGACGUUGACGGGCCAAAUGCUAACCAAUCGGAUGACGAUAUGAUCGAACACUCCACAGACAGAAACAGUCUUGUCAGAUUUUCAGCGAGGGAAAGUGCAAUAUCUGAGCCUAAUAAGCUCAAGAGAGGCCAAAGAGGAAAAGCCAAGAAGAUCGCUGCCAAGUACAGAGAUCAGGAUGAGGAGGACCGUGCUGCUGCUGAGGCGCUGACUGGUUCUACUGCAGGCAAACAUAAAGCUGAAGCAGAAGUGCAGGCAAAACUGAAGCGCGAGCACGACAUGGAGCAGGCAAAAGCGAGACGCCAUGCCCGGCACGAGAGGAGACAGAAAGAAGUAGCUGAACAUGAAGAGAAGAGACGUGCGAUUUACGACGGCUUGGAUCCUGAAGGAGACGAGGCGGAGGAACAGUGGGCACCAAUCGAUUUACUCGUUGGCACACCGCGUCCUGGCGACGAAAUUUUAGAGGCUGUAACAGUCUGUGCUCCUUGGGCUGCCCUCAGCCGAUCUAAAUACAAGUUCAAGCUGCAGCCUGGCACUGUCAAGAAGGGUAAAGCAGUGAAGGAGCUGCUGGAGCGUUGGAGAGCAGACGCGGGCAGGAAAAGCGCUUUGGAUGAGAAGAGCACGGACACUGAAAAGAUGUGGCCAAGAGAGGUAGAGCUUAUCAAACUUUUGAAGCCAGAGGAAAUUAUCAACGCUGUCCCUGCCGGUCGAGUUCGCCUAGUUAUUGUUGGCGCAAACUCUGGCUCUGGCAAGGCGGGACGUGGCUCCGGGGGUAAAACAUAUGCAAGAGGUAGCAAAAAGGGUAAAUAA